UGCUCACUUCACCUCUUCCUCUCAUUAGCAAAACAGUUCCGCAUGGAGCUAGUUAACGUUAACAAUCUUUUUUUUUUCAGUUAUAUCUCUUCUCCGAUUAACUAAAAACACUUCCCAAAUAAGUCGUCCAGCCAGAGAAAUAAACUAAACUAAAUAACUGGGGCCAAAAUAAGUUGCUAACGUUAGCUGAAGAUGCUAAGUAGCUGUUAGCUACCGCAGGCUAUCGUUAGCUGUGAUGGCAGCACCGACUCCACUGAGUUCUGCUCCUGUGUUAAGCCAAAAGCAACGCAGGGCUGCUCUUAGGAAAGAAAGAAGAAAGCGGAAACGCCAAGCCCUCGCCCAAGCCAGAGGAACUGGUUUAAAAAAUGGAGCAAGCUAUGCACCUGACGAAGAAGAAGAUGAAGAAAUAAACGAUGAAGAUGAUGAGGAUAAUGGUAUUGCGGAGGAGGAAAGACUUCGGCUACAUGAAGAGUGGUUGGAAAAAGAGAGACUUGCCCAGGAGGUAUUCAGGCUGAGGUUUGAGAGGGAGGAAGCUGCACGGAAAAGAAAAGAGGAGGAGGAGCGGAUGAUAAAGGAAGAAUGGGAGGCCCAGCAGAGGAAAGAGCAAGAGGAAAAAGAGCAGAAGCAGCAGGAGAAGCGAGGCAGAGAGGAGGCUGUUCAGAAAAUGUUGGAUGAAGCUGAAAACCAGCUAGAUAAUGGGGGACCAUGGAUGAAUCCUGAGGCUCCUGUGACAGAGAACUCUGAGAACUUUGGGACAGAGCGCGACGUAGCCAACUGUCCGUUCUUCCUGAAGACCGGAGCAUGUCGAUUUGGAGACAGAUGUUCUCGGAAACACGUUCAUCCCACAGCCAGCCCAACUCUGAUGAUCCGUGGUAUGUUUAUAACAUUUGGCAUGGAGGAGUCGCGCCGAGAUGAUUACGACAUUGAUGCUUGGCUGGAGCACAGUGAGGAGGAGCUGCAGGAGUCUUUCCUCGACUUCUACCACGAUGUCCUGCCAGAGUUGAAGAGUAUCGGCAAGGUGGUGCAAUUCAAGGUCAGCUGCAAUUACGAACCGCACCUGAGAGGAAAUGUUUAUGUUCAGUUUGACACAGAGGAGCAGUGUAAGGACGCCUUAAUCAAGUUCAAUGGAAGGUGGUACGCAGGCCGGCAGCUUCACUGUGAGAUAUGUCCUGUUACACGGUGGAAGAAUGCUAUAUGUGGGUUGUUCGACAGACAGAAGUGCCCCAAAGGGAAGCACUGUAACUUCCUGCAUGUAUUUCGAAACCCUGGCAAUGAAUUCUGGGAGGCCGACAGGGACCUGCACAUGUCACCAGACCGCAGCGUCAGGGGGAGUCGCAGAGACGGGUGGCAAUCGGAGCGAUACGGAGACCGAUCAUGGAGGCAACGUCACUGCAGCAGAAGCCCGCCACGGUCUGAGAGAUCCCACAGCAGAAGAGAGGGCGACAGGCGGAGGAGCAGGAGCAGAGAGAGGAGUCGAGAGAGCAGGGCCUCCCACCAGCAUAGAGAGGACAAGUGGUCGUCCAGGUCCAGACACAGUGAGAGGAGGAACGAUUGGUACCUGAGACCGAGUAGAGACAGGUCGAGGAGUAGGAGUAGAGACAGGGAGCAAGACCGACUGAGAAACAGGAGUAGAGAUAAAGACAGGUGUAGGAAUAGAAGUGAAGAGAGAGACAGUCGAGACAAAGAUACAGACACUCAGGGAAAAGCAAGAGAAAGGUCAAGAAGCUCAAGCAGAGAGGGGGAAAGAAAUAAGCAGAGCAGAGAAAGGAGCCCAAAGAAACCGGAUAAAAAUAACGAUGAUACCAACACACGCCGCCGCCACAAACAGUCCAAAAAGAGCAAGAAAAAGAGCAAGAAGAAGCAUAAGAAGAAAAGCCAUUUUCCUGAAGGGACGACAUCAUCUGGAGAGUCAGAAAAGGAGAGAGUGUCAAAGGAAGAGACAGAGGAGAAGCUCACUGCAACGAGUCCCAGUCAGGAGAUAAAUGAAAUGGAGCUAAUUCAGAAAAACAAUGAGUUGGAUGAAAGUCCCUGUGUUGAAAGUGAGAAGAAGUUUAGUCUUGAGGUGGAAAUGGAACAGUCUAACACACAAAUACCAAAUGAACCUGCCGGAAACAUUGACACAAGUACCUCUUAGUGGCUCCUACAUCUGAAAAUCUGUCACUUCAGUCUGGCUUUUCCCCUUAUAAUGAUGUGAAUGUAUUUGGAGGAAUAAAGUGAAUUUUUUUGAGCAGUGA